AUGGCAGGAGUAAGCGGCUGCAUGAAGUACUCUAUGUUCGUCUUCAACUUCUUAUUUUGGUUGUGUGGUUCUGCUAUUUUGGGAGUCUCUGUAUGGAUACGUGUUAGCAAAGAAGCUCAGCAGGAGCUGGAGAUAGACAACAGCCUGUUCGCAGGAGUUGAUCUGCUGAUAGCCGUGGGCUCCAUCAUUAUGGUCCUUGGGUUUCUGGGGUGCUGUGGUGCCAUAAAGGAGAGCCGGUGCAUGCUGCUGUUGUUUUUUAUUGGACUGCUUCUCAUCCUGAUCCUUCAGGUCACAGGAGGUAUUUUAGGAGCGGUGUACAGAUCUCAGAUUGAAACAUCCCUUAACAAGACUCUCCUGGAGAGUGUGAAUAAAUUGCAAAGCUCUACAGAAGCAUCUAAAGCAUUUCAAGAGAAGUUCCAGGAGUUUGAGAGAAUGAAUGAGUGCUGUGGUUUGCUGAAAGGACCUGCAGACUGGGGAAAAAAUUUUAAUACUCCUUUUGGUAACAGUAAAAUCUGUCAGUGUGGUAUAACGGAUGCACCAAAAGGCCUCUGCACCUUGUUUGAAGGCAGAUACGUUUAUAAACAGCCUUGUGGAAAAGUGGUUAUGGAAUACCUUAAAGACCAUCUGCUCAUAAUUAUGGGGAUGGCCUUUGGACUGGCUGUUGUUGAGAUUAUCGGUUUGGGGUUUUCUAUGGGCCUCUACUGCCAGAUCCAGAGAAAAUGA